UAUUCGUCAUAUUCCAGUCAAAAUUCCAAGGAUUUUGACUGGAAUAUGUGAUGAAGGCACUCCUGACUGUAACAUCGGUUGCUAUGAUACUUUUGACCUCCUGAUUAUCCCGUUAGAAUAUUCGUCAGUAAGUAGUUUUAAAUACUAAAUUAAGGAUGCAAGAAAACUUAAAAGCUGCGAGCUUGAAAAAUUGAUAACACUAGAUUCUUUGCCUAAUGAGUAUUUCAUAUUUCCGCAGCAGUUUUUCAGAAACGAAAUUAUGAAUGAUUGCAAGAGUUUGUCAUGCGUUGGCAAAAACUUCAUAUUGACAUGGGAAUCCAAUUUGUGCAUUUUGCUCUUUCGCCCUAUUGCUACUAAUGAUCCGGUCGCCAAGACAUUGGAUUUAGGCGAUGAAGUUGAGAUCUCAAUAUCGUGUGUUCCAGCAUUUGAAAUAAAUUAUGUAUCUUUAAAUACCAGUGAAACUCAUGUUUUGGUGAGUGGUUUGCAAGGCACCGUAAUAGUCCAUAUGCCACCGGAAAUUACACUUUUGAAUAGAGAAUUGUCUUCCGUGAUUGCGUCGUCAUAUGUUGUUGAUCGAUCUGUAUACACAUCAUCGAAAAUCCAAGUAAGACAGGUCAAGUGGUUGGGCAAUUGGGAAGAAUCAAACCAACAAGAUUCCUCGUUCGUCGUUUUGGAGUUGCUUUCGACUGGAAUAAUUCGCGUGUUCAAUUUGCUCAUCAACACAAGCAGUCAUCUCUUUGAAAUCUCCCUACCGGGGGAAGUAGAUCAAAACAGUAUGCUCGGCGACUUCGUAGUGUCGUUUGACACCUUCAAUGUAGACAUGCAAUCAUUUUCGCUAGUUGCUCUAACACAGAAUGGAGAUGUUUUCCUGCUAGACGACAUAAAAUAUAAUCAAUCAGGGGCAUCUAUUGAAUUGCAGGGACCGCUGAGCAUCUUGCCAGAAGCUGAAGAUAAUUACGGAGACAGUUUUUGUCACAUUGCAGUCUUACGCUGUGACAAACUGACUGGUGUGGUGAUGAUGAAUGCGACUGGGGAUGUACUGCAUGGUACCUUGCUUCCUCAAUACGACGACACGCUUCCAACUGUUGAGAUUCUGGAGCGAGUUCGUUUCGAUUCGACUGCCGGUGAUGCGCGUUUGAGUGAACUACACGAGGACAAUCAUUCAAGGUUUUAUGUGAUGACAGAUCGAUUUAAAUCGCCGUUGGUGUAUUACUAUUGGAGCAGAAUGGGAGCCUUCAUUACGGACGCGAAAUGUUUUGAAAUUCUUCUUGAUGAAACCUCAAUGAUUAGAGAUAACGAUAGAAAUUUCGACUCAAGUUCUAAUACAGCAUGUUUAGUUUCUUCUUACUCGAACGAGUCUUCCGAUAUGAAAGAUGACGCCUUGUUAAUAGGAGUUAUCCAUCUUCCGAAUUCUAGCACACUUUUGUGUACUUCGGACGCUUUAUCCACUUUUAAAAUUAACCUCGAAUCUCAUUUACCAAGUCUGAAAAAGUCCGAAAUAUCUGGAAUGUUAUUGAGUCACACUGGUGAGUUUGCAAAGAAUCCCAGAGGCACUCUGAAAGCACCUCAGACGUUCUUGCCCGAAAUACAAAAGAUGUUGGCUGAUAGCAAACGCAGUCCCAGGAUUUCUUUGGGGUCAAAGACCUCAGCUCAACCCGCCGAAUUGCACGCACUGACGAAAAAAAUAGUUGGCGAAAUUCGUCAAAAUCGACUGAAUGUUUUGAUGUCGGUUAACGAUCAAAUCAGCAAACGUAAGGCUCUCAUUAUAAACCGACUGGCCCAGCAAACAAAAGAAAUCGAGCGUUUAAGUGCUACGAGAAGCAAAUUGGUUAAUCAGACGAGAGAGCUCGCCGACAAAUACGAAUCUCUGAACAGUAACCAAGAACUUUUAGAGUCUUCGGCUGAAGUUCUGAGUCGAGUAGUGUACUCAAGCAGUUCUCUCAGAAGUGUGAACGAAGAUUUGUUCCUGGAAAAGCUCACCCGAAUCGAAGCAACUCUUGAGAAAAAGCACAAAUUGAUAACUUCUCUUAGGCUGUCGGCCGAGCAGGCCUUUCCGGUUUCUGAACACCAAGAAAAUGAACAUGAUAAUAGUUUGGAUUUGCAUACGUCUCGAAGCCGUUUAGUGAAAAACUCUAUCCUUCACAAAAUGGUUGUACAAGAGGCGUCUUUGAUAAAUGAUUUAGUAGCCCAAAUCAAUUCUCUCAAGUGUUGUCUGUAAUACUUGUCUCUAAACUUGUGACCAAUUGCUGUUUUGUUUUGCCUUCUCUGAAACUGUUUAAAUUAAACCGUUUCCUCGUUUUCA